UUAGACAAGGAGGAAUGUCGUCUUCUUGUAGCAGGAGAAACAUCAGCUGGAAAGAGCACCUUCCUGAACCUGCUGUUGGGAAAGGAAAUCCUGCCUGUGGCGCUUGAAAGUUCCACCUCCACUGUCUGUGAGGUCAAGUAUGGGGCGACCGAACAAGCUGUGGUCCAUCUGAGGGAGCCCACAGAUCAAGGGCAAAGGCAGAUCAGCAUCCCACUGGAUGGACCUGAUCAUGAAGAGCGUCGGAAGGAGCUGAAAGGCUACAUACAUGUAGAGGGAGCCGACCGAGACAGCCUUAAGCUUCCUCCUGCCGAGAAGAUUGAGAUCUUCUGGCCUCUUCCUCUUCUUCAAGUAAGACACAGGUCGCUAUCUUGCUUUCAGGGAGGAAUAGUCCUAGUGGACAGUCCAGGAGUGGGAGAAAGUGAGAUGCUGAACAAAGUUGUUGCUGACUACAUGCCAAAAGUCUUCGCCUUCCUGUACAUCAUUGACAUCUACAGGGCAGGGGGAGUGCAGCAGGACAGGUUGGGAAAGCUUCUCAAGCUGUAUACAAAACAGGAGAACACUGAGGACUUUAACCCAGAAUCAGCCAUGUUCAUCUGCAACAAGUGGGACCUUGUGCUUGCUGAGGUCUCGCCAGAGGAGCAGGACAAGCUCAAGGCAAACACAUUCAGGAAGCUGUCACAGAUGUGGCCUGGUCUGAAGGAGACACAGGUGUUCUUUGUGUCAACAAAAAAGGCUUUGAGGCUAGGAGGGAUUCUGUCUGAAGACUUCAGCAAAGUUCUGGAUGGUCUGGACUUGCUGCUGCAGAAGAGUCUGGACAUCAAACUGGACACUCAGUACAGGUGGCUGACUCGACUUUUGAGGGUGGCUCUGCUUAAUAUUAAUGUGCAGCUGAACUUUGCCCGUCAAAACUUGGACAAAGAGUCUAAAAUGAAAAAGUACCAAGAGGUAAAGAAUUAUCUCCAAUCAUUUCAAGACAAAGCAAUCCAGGGCAUUGAGAAAUUGGAAAGUAUGUUGGGGAACAACAUCAAAUCCACAAAGGAUUUCCUGUCUAACCUGGUGAAGAAUGGUCAGCUGAAAAAAGAUGUGAUGGCAGUAGAAAACCUCCCAGUGAUAGUGUCUUGGGUGAUCCCGUCAGGAAGGAAGGUGAAGCAUCAAGAAGUCUUAGCCAAGCUGGUCCAUGAAAUGAGAGGAAGAUGGAGCGCAACACAGUCGCUAGAAUGGGAGACCAUCAGCAGCACAGAGUGCAUUCUCAAGAUCUACUGGGACCAAGCCAACGUGGAUACACCCCUAGUGGACGUCCUGAUGCAGGCACUGUCAUCAGAUCUAGAGGAACUGCUCACUAAACUGGUAGAAAGGCAGAUGCAGCCACAGCGAGACUUGCUGAGUAAAAUGGAUGAUGGCAUCAAGAAGCUAGAGGGCAUCAUGGAUCUGACAAUAGACCAGACCUUCAAAGACAGCAGAAGCAGUGAAGAAAUCUUGCAAACCUAUGAGCCACAAAGUAGGGACAUCAACAACUUCCUGGGCCAGCUAGCAAUGUUCCACCUGACUAAGAUGAGAAAGUACGAGUAUGACUUGGACUGCAUCACAGGUUGGACAGACACAAGGAACAGGAUGGCAGGAGGGUCCUAUGGGGAAGUGUUCAAAGUCAAAGUCCCAUGGAAGGGAGGGGAGACACGAGAAGUAGCUCUGAAGCUUGGAGUCAAUCCAUACGACAUCACAACUGAACAAACUGCCUGGGACUUCCUGCUGGAGGAAGAAAACCUACGGAUACUGAAAGGAGAGCACAUUGUGGAGUACUACGGCACAGCCUGCAGGAGGGAGGGGGGUGGUCUGAGACUGGGGCUGGUCAUGGAGCUGUGUGAGGGAACACUGGAGAAAAGGAUCGUUGGCAAGAGGCACCACAGCCCAGCCAGGUGGGGUUCUGACCCAGAGAAGCAGGCAGCAGCCUUCAGCUACACCCAGAACCUGGCAGUGCAGCUGUGUGAGGGACUCAGACAGAUCCAUAAGGAAGGCUACAUACAUAGAGAUCUCAAACUCAGCAAUAUACUGGUGACCAAGGACACAGUGAAGCUUGCUGAUGUUGGACUGACCAAACAAGAGGUGAAAAUCACGGGCACAGUAGCCGGAACCCCCCUCUACACAGCACCAGAGGUGAAGGAGCGGCAGAUUUAUGACAGGAGUGCCGACAUCUACAGCCUGGGCCUCAUCCUGUGGGAGAUGUGGUACGGGUGGGCCUUGUAUGGGAUGGAAGGAACUGAGUAUCUCGCAGAGAUGCAGAAAUGCCUGAAGGAAGGGAGGGACAUCAGGAUGCCAAGGUGGAACAAAGCAGUCCCCCCCACCCGCAUCCCUGAGUGGACUAGUCUGAUCAAUGACUGUCUCCAGAAGGAUCCAAGGGAACGACCAAAGAUACAGGACUGUCUGGACAGGAUUAAAGCUAUGGAAUUUCCUGUGAAGAACUACCGCACAAGUAUGGGAGAGCACAAAUUGAGACGAUCAGCUGAGGAUUCAGGCAUUGCGGCUGAUGAAAGUUGCUCCACUCCUAGCAGUAAAGUUACUGACACGAGUGCACAAAGUGCAGAAAGUCAGCAGAGAGAUACAGAAAGUCCGCACAGGGAUGACGGAGAAGGGCUCAGUGGGAAUGAGGGGGACUCGGGAGCUACAGCUCUGGUUCACAGGAAGCAGUCAGGAAAGCUACUGGAGUUGCAGAAACAAGUGACAGACAUUGUGCGCGAGAGCCACCCCAACCUGAACUUCGUCCCAGACACCAAUAAGGAGGCAGAUGAGAAGAGGAUAGAGCUCAACAGGACAACACUGAAGGCAGAGGUUUUCUCUAGUGAUGUUAACUUGAGCCUUGAUUCAGUCAUAUUUCAACUGAUAGAGAGGAGAAUGAAGUCAGUGUGCCGUAUCAACUGGCCGGGGGGUGCAGGAACAGGGUUCCUGUUGAGUAAAGGAAAGGUUCUCACGUGUUACCAUGUGUAUGAAUUGAUGCACAAGGCCUCCUCGUCAUUUCAUGAAGCAAAUCACUACACUGCAGCAUUCUUUGUGUCUGUUGAUAGGAAAUAUGAAGUUCCCCUUGAAGCCCCUGCAGCUAUGCGCAUUUGCCAUAGUAAGGAUCUAGAUUAUGCUAUUCUUCAGCUGGCAGUUGGAGAUGUUGAGAUGGAAAGAAAUCUUGAAGAUUUGCCUUUCCUUGGGCAGUGUGUCUCAGAGGGUGAAGACAGCAGAAAGAUGGUUGUUCUUGUAGGUCAUCCUCAUGGUGGGAACAAAAUAGUCGACUUUGGUCGCAUUGCUGGGGUGGAUCGGUGCCACAUUAUCCACAUUCAUCAUCCUAACCUCAUCCAAGAAGACGAACGCAAACCCCUUUAUGACACAAGUGUGAUGUUCCAUGGCUCCUCAGGCUCCCCAGGGUUUGACUCAUUUGGAAAUGUGGUGCUCAUGCACACUCGGGGGUUCUACCCUGACAACAGCCGUAAAAGCGUCAUUGAGCGUGGGACACGUUUGACUGCCAUUAGAGACCAUGCGCGUCAAACCUUAGCACCUGAGGUUUACAGUGAAAUCUUCCCAGACCCUCCAAUGUCAGUUGACUAAAACUGACUCUAGCUUUGCAGUCAUUUUUAAUUAGUCUGGUUUUGUACAGAUUAAGUCAAUUUCAGUUCCUAAGUACUGGUAUAAAAUUCAAAUCUACCCUCAUACUGACAUUGAACAAUGGACAUGGUGGGACCAAUUCAGGGAGAUGUGCAAUAUACUAGACUACAUGUAUAUGUAAAUGACUGUUUCUCCGGAUGACACUUUACAGUAUACUAGUAACAUACAAAUGUAGAGGACAAGGAAACUAUUUUUCUGUCAACGAUGACAAAAUGUGUAGAAGUUGACUUUUGGCUUGUAGCUAGGAAAAGU